UCCUUGUUCUGAGAGACGUCCUUAUGCAUGCGGUAACAAGUGUGGGCGUGUCCUUUCCUGUAGUAAUCAUUAUUGUGAAAGACCAUGUCAUAAUGUCGUUAAUCCUCUGUCCGAUAAUGAGGCUGGGGAAGAUUGUUCAUCGUGUGACUUAGAUUGUCAGAAGCCACGCCCAUUGGGUUGUACACACACAUGCAAGCUACCUUGUCACCCAGGAGAUUGUCCUCAAUGCAUGCACUCCAUCAGACUGAGGUGUCAUUGUUCUACUAUGCCAAUAACACUACACUGCCAUGUUUGGACAUCAGCAGAUGAUGAUCAAAAGUCAAAACUUCAAGCAUGUAACAACCAAUGUACCAAACUGUUAUCUUGUGGACAUCGUUGUUCAUAUUCUUGUCAUUCUGGUAACUGCUCACCAGUUGAUCAGUGUUCUCAAAAAGUUACCUUCAGAUGUUCCUGUAAACGACUUAAAAAGGAUUUGAAAUGUCAUGAGAGGGAGAAGAGGCCAGUCUGCAAUGAAGAAUGUUCAAGAAUUAAGAAAGAGAAAGAAGAGGUUUGUCUAUUGAACAGGCACACACACAUAAUGCAACAUUAUCAAAACUGUAUACUAUACAUACAAUCAUAAUGUACAUGUAGCAUACAUAGGUAGGAUAAUUUAGUUUGGGCUGCUUCUAUA